CGCUUGUUUGCAUCACACAGAAUUGACCUGUUUCAAGUCUUUCGGCAUUUCACAGCAACGAUUCACGCCUCGAGGCGUUACUAUACUUAUUGCUUCCCCUGUACCGGCUUUUAUUUGCUCCACAUAGCACCCACGACAGCCUACGGAUCUCGUCCACGAACUUUGUAUUGCCUGCGAACAUCUCAGCCACUGACGGUGUUCACCUUCAACAAUGGCCACGCAGGGAGGGCUAGCAUCUAAUCUAGACCUCCGUGCUUUGGCUGGUGUCCUGGAGAGGGCAACAUCUCCAUCCAUACAAGAGAGACUUAUGUCUACCCCGGCUGUCAUCACAUCACUUACACAUCCUGUCAAACCAAUGGACAGUCCCACUACUAUUGGGGAUUCAGAUGACCCUAUUAGUACAAGGAGAGCUCGGAAGAGGGCUGACGUGAAGAAUCUGCACCGGGUACUGCAAGAAGAAGAACGUCAGGCUCUGGAGCUCCGCGCAGCGUUGAAACAUGCUGGAGAGCGGCUCACUACCGAGUCCGAGCGAACCAACGAGAUGGAACGUAGGCUUGUUGAGUACGAAAAGAGAGAACGAAGUUUAGCCAGAGCUCGCCGUCGGGCCGAAUCCUUGGCUGUUCGUGCUGAUGCAGAAGCUAAAGCGUACAAAUUACAUCUGGAGCUCGCCAAUCGAGAGAAUGCCAAAGCACAACAGGCCGUGGAUGCUCUUGCUAAAGAUCGAACGGAAGCGGAGGAGGCUGCUGCUCGAGCACGAUCUACAGCACGACGGCUGCAGGAGAAACUUAUCUUUGAGAGGGCAAGGCAAUUGGGACGGCAAGAGGGCCUUCAAGAUGGUUUAAAGCAGGGCUUCGAUGAAGGCCUCGACAUUGGGUGGCAGGAAGGUCGCGAUGAUGGGUAUGACGAAAUGCGAUCAAGGGCCCUUUUGGCUUUUGAAGAGGCGCUCAAAAGUGGUGCCAUACAAUCGACUGCAGACUUCGACCUUAAUGCAGCCAUCAAAUCCGAACGGGCGAAAUUGAGAGCAAUCGCUGCCGCGCGACCCACUCGCCGAACCUCCCUCCGCCCUCUGACGUCUCGGGGAAGCAACUACAACUCGUCAUUGCGGGUGAAAUCCCCGGAGCUAAUGCAGGACGCAAUAGAUUCUGGGCCGAUGCCGUUUCCGACUCCUCGCACCAAGGACGAGAUGCCGUUGGCCCCGCCCCCCGAAAUCCAAGUUAUUGCUACUACGCCACCCGCCACGACAAUAGACCCCUCUCAAAGGGCAAUAGUCCCUCGAUCAUCAUUUCAGGGAAUGCCGGUGGUCAAUCACCCUCCAGUAGAUCCAAUCCCGGAUGGUUUUGUCCCCACGAUUGGUGCGAACGGGAAAUUCGUGCUACCGCCACCACAUGAAAUUGGCCCCAGCCCUGUACCAAGUCGCACUCCUAGUCCAAGUGCAGCAAACAUUCCUCUCCCUAAUUCUGCAUAUGCGCCGUCCACGACGUCUCAUGAUCCUUUGAACGCCCGAUCCCCUCCUGUUCGACGGAAAAGCAUUGGUGCGGAAAACCGAGCAUUUGAGGAAGCUGCAAGAUUGCGACGUGAAAAAGAGAUUGCAGAACAGGGGUAUGCGGAACUCAUGGAGGAGUUAGAGCGAGAACGCGCCCAAAGGGAGGCGGAACGCAAGAAGAGGGAGGAAGAUGAGCGUGAACGCGAUGCCCAGCGUCGUCGGGAGAGAGAACUGGAGCUCGCGCUCGAAAGAACGCGAGAAGAAGAACGCGAGGCCGAACGUGAACGUAUUCGUUCCCUAGAGAAGAAAAAUGAGUUAGCUCGAGCACAAGAGCUUGAGAGAGAACGUCAGGAGCGUGAGAGAGAACGUCAAGAGCGUCUACGAGCCGAAGAGGAGUCGAGGCAGAAGGAUGCAGAACCGAAGCAUUGGCACAAGCUGCUCAAGCCGCAACUGUUGCUGCCACAGCGCAUAAGAAGCCUUCAACAAACGAUUCAAAUGAACAGGAACGUAACAUCACAUCUUAUGAUGAUGAAGGUGGAGGAUCGUCUGAGGAUGAGGAGGACCCCACUACAGACGAGCACGUACGAAUUCCAUAUCGCCCAAAAAAGCUGAUGCGUGCACGAAAGCGCAACGGAAAAGGCUCCGUGCAUUCCGUGACAACACACAAGACCGCUGGUGGAAUGUCUACACCACUCAGCUCGUUCUCUGUUCUUGCUCCUGCGGAAGAAGCUCAGCGUAGAAAGGAUGAAGCCGUCCGGGAUCGUCGGGCAACGCUCGAGCGGCUGGAACAAAGAGAAAAAGCGGAAAGAGAGGCCCAGGAAAGGGAAAGGGCCGCAACCUUGAAAUCAGUCAAACGGAACCUCUCCAUCAUUCGUGAGCAACC